AAUUCCAGGCAGCUGGAAUCCAAAAUGGCGUCGUUAGUUGUAGCAAAGGAGUACGGAUAUGUUGUCCUCACAACCGUUUCCUCUGGGUUCAUGAUUGCUUACCUGGGAAUGAACGUGGGGAAAGCACGAAAGCAGUACAAUGUACCUUAUCCAAAGAUGUAUGAUGAAAAUAAACCCAUUUUCAACUGCAUUCAAAGAGCACAUUUAAACACGCUUGAAAAUUAUACUCAGUUUUUGUCCCUCCUGCUGCUCGGAGGUCUGGAACAUCCUGUUGUAUGCUCUGUAGCAGGAGCGGUGUGGGUUGUUUCCCGCUUGUUCUAUGCCCAUGGAUACUACACAGGAGAUCCUAAAAAGCGCAUGAGAGGAAGCUUUGGCUACCUUGGUCUCUUCGCCCUGUUAGGCUGCACUGUAAAGCUAGGGCUCCGUUUGACAGGUGUGAUCAGCGCCUAAGCAAGAGACAUUUCUAGAGUGAACAAAGUUUUAACAGAUUUGUGACGUUGCUCAGCAGACAUUUUCUUUUGACUUGUAAUGUAGCUACAUGUGAAACAGAAUGUGCGACGAAACAAAAAAAAAACGAGUAUGAAAUAACGACACUUGGACAUGCAUUGUAAUGAUUGGUUUUCAUUUUGCUUUAAGUGGCAGUUUUGAAUUUUAGAUCGAGUUAAAAUUUCAAGAUUCUUUCUUUACCCUGAAUAGCAUCUUAGUUAGCUUAAUUACAUGUUCUGCUCCAGUUGGCCUUAAUACAUGCAUAUUUAGUACACCAGUUAGCCUGAAUAGCACUCUGGUUAGCCUAAUUAGCACUCCGGUCAGCUUAUUUAGCACCUUUUUUAGCACACUCAGUUAGCGCUUUAUUUCAUGUAGCACUCUAGUUAGCUGAAUUAGAACUCUGAUUAGUCUGGGACUGGGUAGAUUUCAUUUGUAGGUAUAAAGAGUUGCAUAAUACGGUUAUGUUUACACUAUUGUCUGUAAAAAGCUUUUUCCAUAAAGUUCUUCAAAUGCAGAUCCAUCCCCUAGUUGUUGACUCUUAAACUAGAACUCAAAAUUCAAACUCGAGUCAAAUUUAACCGAACUCAUAAACUGUAAACUCCCUCUUGUCGUGCCUGUACUAGUGAGGUAAACUAAAACAGUAAACCACGAUUUUUAAUUAGUAUCGCACUGAUAUGUGUUCUUUGUUUUAGUCGAUGUUGCCAAUACAUUUUUAAAAUGGUAAUAAACAAUGAUGAGAGAUGUUGACAAUA